UUCUGUCAUUUGCCAUCCCGGUCACCGGUGUGUCGUGUCUCGCGCCCCGAAAGCUUCCCCGAACUUCAGUUCUGCAGAGCUUGAUGGAUUGAUGAGGUGACGUCAGCAGGCAGCUACCUCGAACAGCACGGGUAGGAGGGGGGGAUUAAUCUGUGCGCGCUCGGCUGAGAGAGAGCGCGCAAGCCAGAGGAGAGACGCGACGCGACGCGCUCACUAAUCUCCAGGGGAAAAAAAAACAAAAACAAAUAAAAGAAAAAAACAACGGUACAGAGUCAACAGAGGUCAAAAGCACCGAUAUUACGUCCGGUUGCAGUUUGGAGAAGCGCUGCUGAAGAGUUUGUGGGAAACAAACACACAGUCGUGGAGGAUGAGGUUGCGCUUUGAAGCCCUGAGGGCAUUUUAUUAAGUGAACUCUGACCCCUGGAGCUUCAGGAGUGUGCGUGUGUCCUCUGAGACCUACACAAGCCCCGCUCUGUCCUGUGUCUCUCAUUGUAUCAGACCAAUGAGGUUCCACGCGAGCCUCUAAAUUGCAGCGCAAGCCCAACAAGCCUGCACCCCCUGCUGUUUUUUAUUUUAUUUUUGAUGGACAGCACGGACUAGUAAAAUGCAUUGGAUCUCUCUGCUGCUAGCUGGCUUCACUUUUUGGGGCAAAGUGUCUGUGUACAACUGCUUAGAUUAUGAAGAGAGCUUUGACUAUUAUGAAGAGGCGAAAACGGAGACCAUAGACUACAAAGAUCCCUGCAAAGCUGCGGUCUUCUGGGGAGAUAUCGCCUUGGAUGAGGAGGAUCUGAAAAUGUUCCAGGUGGACAGGACGAUAGACCUCGCGAGGCACCAACACAUGAGGCAGGGGCACACGUCAGGUGGAGCAGAAGAGCACGACUCCACUAAAAAGCGAGGACAGCUAUACCUCCUGCUAGAGAGGAUACGAAGGCUGGGUUUUGACUCAUCUAUGAACUCCAGUAAGGCAGAGAGCCCCAGAGCUGCCCCAGUGGGCAGUGUGGAAAGAGAGAGAAGGGUGAGAGGGGGGAAAUCUCGUGUCCCUCGAGCCGCCACAUCCAGAGCAGAGAGAAUCUGGCCCGGAGGUGUCAUCCCUUACGUUAUAGGAGGCAACUUCACUGGCAGUCAAAGAGCAAUGUUCAAGCAGGCCAUGAGACACUGGGAGAAACAGACCUGCGUGACCUUCGUUGAGAAAACAGACGAAGAGAGCUACAUCGUUUUCACCUACCGGCCCUGCGGAUGCUGCUCCUAUGUGGGUCGCCGUGGCAACGGGCCUCAGGCCAUCUCCAUUGGGAAGAACUGUGACAAGUUUGGAAUCGUGGUUCACGAGCUGGGUCACGUGAUUGGAUUCUGGCACGAGCACACGCGGCCUGAUCGCGACGAUCACGUGACCAUCAUCAGAGACAACAUUCAGCCCGGUCAGGAGUAUAACUUUCUAAAGAUGGAGCCUGGUGAGGUAAACUCUCUGGGUGAGCCGUACGACUUUGACAGCAUCAUGCAUUACGCCAGGAACACUUUCUCCAGGGGAAUGUUUUUGGACACCAUCCUCCCCUCUCGUGACGAGAACGGCGUCCGGCCUGCGAUCGGACAGAGAACCAGACUGAGCAAAGGAGACAUUUCCCAAGCCAAGAAACUCUACAGAUGUCCAGCGUGUGGCGAGACACUGCAAGACUCAGCGGGCAACUUUUCAUCUCCGGGUUACCCAAAUGGAUACCCUUCAUACACACACUGUGUGUGGAGGAUCUCGGUCACACCUGGGGAGAAGAUAGUUCUCAACUUCACCACCAUGGACCUUUACAAGAGCAGCCUGUGCUGGUACGACUACAUAGAGGUGCGGGACGGGUACUGGAGGAAAGCCCCACUUCUAGGUCGUUUUUGUGGUGAUAAGAUCCCAGAAACACUGAUCUCCACUGACAGUCGGAUGUGGAUCGAGUUUCGAAGCAGCAGUAACUGGGUGGGAAAAGGCUUCUCUGCCGUGUAUGAAGCGGUGUGUGGUGGGGACAUCAAUAAAGACUCAGGGCAGAUUCAGUCUCCAAACUACCCAGAUGACUACAGGCCCUCUAAGGAGUGUGUGUGGAGGAUCACCGUGUCCGAGGGCUACAGCGUGGGCCUCAGUUUCCAGGCCUUUGAGAUCGAGAGGCACGAUAGCUGUGCAUACGACUAUCUGGAGGUUAGGGACGGCCUGUCUGAGAGCAGCCCCCUGAUUGGUCGAUUCUGUGGCUAUGACAUCCCUGAAGACAUUCGUUCCACCUCCAACACACUGUGGAUGAAGUUCGUUUCAGACGGAACUGUGAAUAAAGCCGGCUUUGCUGCUAAUUUCUUUAAAGAGGAGGACGAGUGCACGAAGCCAGAUAACGGUGGCUGUGAGCAGAGGUGUGUGAACACAUUAGGAAGCUUCAAGUGCGCAUGCGACCCUGGAUACGAGCUGGCCCCGGACAAAAAGAGUUGUGAGGCUGCAUGCGGAGGUCUGCUGUCCAAACUGAACGGCACCAUCACCACCCCAGGCUGGCCGAAGGAAUACCCGCCCAACAAGAACUGCAUCUGGCAAGUUGUGGCUCCUACGCAGUACCGCAUAUCUGUGCAGUUUGAGGCCUUUGAACUGGAGGGGAAUGAGGUGUGUAAGUAUGACUUUGUGGAGGUGCGGAGCGGCCUCUCUUCUGACUCGAAGCUUCACGGGAAAUAUUGUGGUACAGAAGUUCCAGAGGUCAUCACUUCCCAGUACAACAACAUGCGCAUCGAGUUUAAGUCGGACAACACGGUUUCAAAGAAAGGCUUCAAAGCGCACUUCUUUUCUGAUAAGGACGAGUGCUCGAAGGAUAACGGUGGAUGUCAGCACGAGUGCAUCAACAUUAUUGGCAGCUAUGUCUGCCAGUGUCGCAAUGGAUUUGUACUGCACGAGAACAAGCAUGACUGCAAAGAAGCGGAGUGUGAACACAAGCUCCACAGUCCCACCGGCACCAUAAGCAGCCCCAACUGGCCUGAUAAGUACCCCAGCAGGAAGGAGUGUACCUGGGACAUCACUGCCACUCCGGGCCACCGUAUCAAAAUCUCGUUUAACGAGUUUGAAAUCGAGCAGCACCAGGAGUGCGCAUACGAUCACCUGGAGGCCUUCGACGGCGACUCGGACAAAACUGCUAUUUUGAGUCGGCUCUGCGGUAGCAAGCUUCCGGAACCCCUCGUCUCCACGGGCAACAGGAUUUACCUUCGCUUCAUCUCUGACGCCUCGGUGCAGCGCAAGGGUUUCCAUGCUACACACUCCACAGAGUGUGGAGGCAGGCUGAGGGCGGAGGCGAGGCAGAAGAACCUGUACUCUCACGCACAAUUCGGAGACAAUAACUAUUCGGGCCACACAGACUGCGAGUGGCUCAUAACAGCCGAGGCAGGGUACAGCAUCGAGCUGACCUUCACCACAUUUGAGCUGGAGGAGGAAGCAGAGUGUGGAUAUGACUACAUCGAACUGUAUGAUGGACACGACACGUCAGCACACAAACUAGGACGCUUCUGUGGUUCAGGGCCACGUGAGGAACUGUAUUCAGCCAGCGACGCCAUGCUGAUUCGCUUCCACAGCGACGACACCAUCAGUAAGAAAGGCUUCCACAUCCGCUACACCAGCACCAAGUUCCAGGAGGAGUUACACACACACAAGUAACACACAAUGCAAACACACACACACACACACACACACACACACACACACACACACACACACACACACACACACACACACACACACACACACACACACACACAAACACGCCUCCAGGACAAAUGGUGCCACAAUCUGAAAAAGGAGUUGCACACAAAUGCUCAAGAGUAAAAGUUACUCAACAGCUUCCCUGCACUGGAUUCUCCUCCAUGUUCAUCAGACUCCCAGCUCUGUCCCUAUCCUCGAGCAAGCUCUGUCCAUUUUGCCACAGACACUCAAUCAGACCGACUCUUGUCUAUACAAUACACACAAAUACACCAAAUAAUAUUCUACGACCUGAAAAGCUUCUCAGCAAGAGAGAAGCCUAUUGUGGAUGCUGCACAAGAAAAAAGACAAUGUCUUAAAAGGUCAUUUUCGAGCCUGUGAAAAAAAGAAUUGUGUUAUGUGUCAUAAUUGUACAAGAAGUGUGCUUCUGAGCAACUAAGCUGCUGUUGCCACACUGUAACUUUAAAUGCGUGUGCACUAAUCUGCAUGUUUUCAUUGAGGCGUGUGCACAGGCCUGUGGGAGUUUUCUUUAAAAAAAAAAAAGAAAGAAAAAAAAACAUGAAAUCAAAAAGAAUUCUUUAAUGUUAUGACAUCUGUGGCUGUUUACAUGGUAUGAUAUUUAAUUUAUAUAUGAACAUAAAGAAGUAUGCAGAGAUAAAGAGCAACCAUAGAAUCAUAAUCUCAUUACUUCUACAGACUUCUACAGACGAAAUCUUUUUUAGCAUCAACAGGCUUGUUCCAGAAAUCAUUUCGCUCUCAUAUAUAGUAUUGUUUUCCUUCCUGUCCAUGAACCAUGAAGUUCAUACAUGAAAUUUGUCUUAUUUGUUUAUGAGCGUGGGUGUACACAAGUGUUUAUUUUUUUUAUUUUUUAUUUUUUGUUGUAUUUUUUUUUACAAAAGCUGUAAUGCAGAAGCAAAGCCUUGUAUGAAGUGAUUGUUACAGCUGUGAAAACCCCAUAAUCCUGUGCGCUUAACAUGCACUUAGCACAGAGGAUGAGGAAGAGAGACUCUAUCCAGCUGCACUAGCUAUUCAUGCUCUCAAACAUUUCCAGUAUUGUUGGAAGCAACAAAACUACAACCACAAGGAGUCAACUCAGUCACAGGAAGUCGAUUCAGUAAUAAGAAGUCGAUUCAUCCAACAAGUAGUCUAUUCAGUGACACGGAUCCUUUCCUUGGAUGAUUGAGACAUUUUCCUUGAACUCCUAUUCAUUCUGAGGUUUAUUCUCCUCGAAACACAAUACAAGUGAAGGGAAAUCCUAAUGGUGCUACUCAGAGCUUCAGAACUUCAGAUCCUGUGAGGCAACGAUCCAGACACUCGGUGCGCACUGUUCCUGAUUUACAGGCAGCGCUGAAGGAGCGCUGUGACAUUAGCACACUCGCAUCACUGACGGUGCCACUAUCAUGGACGAGCAACUAUGGCCUUAGAACCAAAAUCUAUAUUAUUGCACAUGUGGAUGUUUGUUGUGUCAUUGUUAUCUUUUUUUUAAUUAUUAAUGUAUUUUAUUUGAUAUUGAAUUUAAUGUACUUGAAGAAUCAUCAUUAAAAAAAACAAAGUCUGA